AUGGUCGAUAAAAUCUUGGUCGGACCCGCUACACGGGUGUUUACUGUCGAUGCUGAGGACCGUGAGGGUCUCAUCGCGCUGGCUUCCUGCUUUAAGGCAUGGCGAGCCCGAUUUCCGACCUGCCAGCCAAUCUUUGGGCUCAUCCGUUGCAAGAAUGGGGGGGAACGGAUAGUUAGUGAAAAGCAGCCACUGCCGGAGGGUGCUGGGAAUCCCUCGAUAUCCGGAGAUGUCAUUAUGUGGCUGUGGGAGUACAAGGGGGAAAAGAUAAUCACUCCCGAUGAUCAAGAUGUCCCACAACUCGACGAAUUCAUCCCGAUGAAUGAGUACGAUGAGGCACAGUGGGAGUGGUGCGAGAGCCAUGCCCCGCAAUCAGCGUGUGAACUGGGGGAGUUCGACGCAUCUUUGAACAUGGAAUCAUGUCUUCUCUGUGAUAGUCGCCAUGAGCCUUAUAAUGCUGCCAACCAAGCAGUCUAG